AUAACCUCCCUUCUUCCUUAUGCCUUUUUUGGUACUUAAUCUAUUGAAAAAAAAAAAAAACAAGAAUCCCACAAGUAUCCUCAGACCAACCCUCAUCAUCUCCUUCCUAUAUAAUCCCUCCCUUCACUGUCCAUGUCCUCUCAUUGGGUUUUCUUUUCUUCUGCGAGGUCUAGCACGCCUCGCAGAAACAAGAAAAGAAAACCCACCAUCUGUUUGACAAAAAAGAAUCAUCAUCCUCAGUUCUUUGUUUCUUACAUUGUGAUAUUGAUCUUCUGAGAGAUGGAGGUACAUUCUGCAGUUAUAGGCAAGAGGGUAUGGAACGUGUUGAGGAUCACCUUCUUCAUGAUGAGGAAGGGUCUGAUCUCAAAGAGGAAGCUGAUUAUGGACAUGAAUCUGAUGAUGAAGAAAGGGAAGCUUCUGAGGAAGUCUCUGGGCAAUCUCAUGUCGUUCCAUCUUCACCAUCACCAUUCAAGGAGCGUGGCACGUGGUGGCUUUGGCCUACAGGAAUAUGAAUUCUCUUGCAGCAACAGUCCUAAUCCUGUUUUUUUCCACGUCCUAAAGCGCAAGCACCAUUUCAACUUCCCCUGCAUUAACACUCCUCAGGUCAUUGAAGAAGAUCUCAAUAAAGCUGUGGUUUUGGUGCCCAAGACUCCAGAGUACGCCUUUAACUUCAGGUUUGAAGCGUCUGAUUAUUUGUCACCUGGAGAUAGAAGGAGCCCACUUCAAUCACCAUUUUCUGUGAGGAUCUCAAAUUAUUCAUCAGAAGAUGAAAAUGAAGAUGUUGGGAAUGAUCACGUUGAUGAUCAGGCUGAGGAUUUCAUCAGAAGGUUCUAUGAACAGCUAAGGAUGCAGAGCCGCAUGCAAUUACUAGAAUACCAAGAGGUUUAAAGACAAGGCAUACUUGUAUAAUCCCCAUCUCUACAACUUGACAUUAAUACUCCGGAGACUUUUAUCUUAUUACUCAUGACAUUGGAUUGUGAAGUUUUUUUGUAUUUAAUAUUUUUCCCACUCUGUAACAUUCCCCUAUUAUAAAAUAUAAUAUUGCGUUUGCCUAUUAACGUCGUUCUUCUUUGUCUGGGAAAAUUGGGGCGAUCAUUGAAUGAACUGUAGUUUAGGAUAUACAGAGAAGUUGGCUUAGCUGUUCCAUCGGUUGUUGGUGCACUGGGGGACCUUCUGGUAUAACGUCUCCUUCAGCUUUUGAGAACCGAACACCUAAACUCACCUUUUCCUCUCUUUCUUUCUCUCAUUAAUGAAUCAAAUACCCACAUGCUAAAUUCUAUGAACAUGUAAAAUAUACAAGUUAAAGCUCGUUUUCUGUUUCUGCUUAGCUGUAGUUAUAGUGUCUUGUGCGCCAUGAGUAAAUUUUGACUGACACCUUAAAGCUUAAAGAAACUAAGUC